UUUAUUUUUAUCUUCAACAUUAUCUUUUCCAUCAAAUAAAAUCAAUACAUCAGCAACACGAACAAUUCUUCAAAUGCUUUAUAAUUUUACAUUACAUUUAAAUGUUCUCAAUUAUAUGAAAACAAUGCCAAUAUUGAUCCCAAUGCUUCUACAAAUGACCGAAGUUGAUCAUGUUGAAAUUCAAUUGAAUGCUUAUCGUUGUUUAGGAAAAUUAAUGCGAGAAGAUGAUAUUAAAAAAAUGGCUAAUCCAAGUAAAAUUGCCUGUGUUUAUAUUGACUUCAUCACAAGAACGAUCGAUGAUCGAGCACAAACACGACGAUUUCAUAGUCUUUUAGAUAGUUUAAAAAAUUUUGUACAACAUGAUCAAGUGAAAACUGAAUUAAUCAAACAACAAGCUUUAACUAUUCUAAUCAAGUGUAUUGUUGAACCUCGUUUUGAUCCAAUUAAAGUACAACUCAUCGUUUUGGAAAUUCUUCUUGCUCUAUCGUUUAAUAAUGAUGCUUCUGUGAUUCUUCGACAGAAUCAAAAUUUCAUUACUCAUAUACGAAAUCUUUCCAGUAAAACCAAUUCAAAUCAAACUGAUUUACAACGAGCAGCUGAAGGUCUUCUUUGGAAAUUGGAAAAAGAAGUAGAAGCAGUGGCAAAAUCGACCAAUGUCAAUUUAUACAAAUACGAUAUUAUGAUUAGUUAUUCACAUAAAGAUCAAGAUGUUUGUCUUCAAAUUCAUGAUCGAUUAGUGAAAGAUGGUUACAAUGUUUGGUUAGAUCGAGAUUGUUUACGCGGACCAACAAUGAUUGGUAUUGCGAAUGCUAUUGAAAAUUCCGAACAUGUUCUCAUUUGUAUGUCUAAUACUUAUAAACAAAGUGUUUAUUGUCAAUCGGAAGCUCACUAUGCCUAUGAACGAGAAUGUCGUCUCAUUCCUAUUCUUAUUGAAUCGAAUUAUAAACCUGAUGGAUGGCUUGGUAUCAUUGUUAGUGGAAAGAUUUAUGUUGAAUUUGGUAAAAUUGAUUUUCAUUUAGCUUAUAAUAAGUUGAAGAAUGAAAUUAGUGCACGUCAUUAUGAUUUACUCACACGAUCGUUAUCGAGAGCCAUUGAAAAAGAUCCGAUUCGGAAGGGUUCAAAAAGUCUCGAACUUUUUCAAGGCAUAUCCGAGUCAAUUGAGUAA